AUGCCAUACCUACGCCGCGGAAAAACAGAGAUAUACGGAGAGAUGCUCAGAGAUUGUUUUGAAAUAGAUCUCACACUGUUAGGUGAUGAGGAGUGUGGCAUCUGCGAGGUGUGUGUGGGGCGGCUGCAGGACGCGAGCGACUUCAAGCUGCAGGUGCAGCGCAGUCAGGCUCGACUGCAAGCUUGGCAGGAAGUGCCAUGUGUGAAAGAUGAAGUAUCUAUCGUGAAAUCUGAAGAGUCUGGUGAACAUGCCAAGCCACAUAUAGUCUCCAAGAUAGAAGUUGAAUUUGAUGACAAUGAGCAAGAAACAUACUUCACAAAAAAGAAGCAACUUGGAAAAGAAGAAGUCUUGACCAAAGAAGCUACAAGCCAGCCGUGCCCCGCGCCGCCGCCCGCCACUGUGCAGCAGGAGCCCCGCACACAACCCUACACCUGCGACACAUGCCGAAAACAAUUUGCAAAGAAACUAAAUCUAAUGAACCACAUGAAAGUUCAUAACAAAGGCAAGAUUUACUUCGUGUGAAGUUUGCAACAGUGAGUUUAAACGUUUUAGGUUAUUAGUUGUCCACAAGCGUGUUCACAAAGGCGAAAAACCUUUCAGCUGCGAAAUUUGUAACAAGCGGUUUAGACAGACGUCGUCUUUAAUAGUACAUAAUAGGAUUCACAC